GAGCUCAUUCACAGCCCAAUAAGCAACACUCAGUUUCUUUCCGCAACAAUGGCAGCAGCCACCGUUCUUGGCAAUCCACUCACACUGACAAAGAACUCAUCAUCACCUCCCCUCUCUUUGCUUCAUACCAAUGGCUACUACCAUCACAAAAGAUACAAAUUCACUUACAGCCCCCGCUCACCGAAGAUGGCGCCAAUCAGGCGGCCGACUUGCAUGACAUUAGUGGCAGCUCCUGUGCUAAACGGCGUGCAAUGUAUCAUGCAAGAGAAAUCUACGAUGGUUGACUUGACGGCUCUUGUGAAGAUGAAAUUUAGCAAAGCAGGAAGUCUUAAGGAGCUGAUUCGUCGCUCGGUUGAGGCUGCCACUAGUUCAGUCGAGGGAGGUGUUGUUCUGCAGUUGGUGAGCAAAGACGUCGAUCCUGAAACAAAGAAGGGAAAGCUUAGUGAGGAAGCUGUGUUGCACUGGUCAUCGAGCAGCAAGGCUGAAGCAGAGCAUCAGACAUACGAGGUGAAUUUCAAGAUUGAUCCCAAUUUUGGAUUGCCUGGAGCAAUCUACGUGCAUAGUCGACAUCAAGACGAGUUCUUCUUGAUGAGCGUUUCGAUUGAAGGGAUUGUCCAUUUUGCUUGCAGAUCCUGGAUACAACCUGUGACGGUUGAUUCUGGGACUAGGGUCUUCUUCUGUGACAAGGCUUGCCUGCCCUCCCAAACUCCAUCAGGAUUGGUAGAGCUGCGGCAGAGAGAACUUAAGGAUUUACGAGGUGAUGGGAAGGGAUUAAGGUUGCCGUCUGAUAGAAUAUAUGACUAUGAUGUUUAUAAUGAUCUUGGGAAUCCGGACAAAGGAACUAAUUAUGCAAGGCCGACUCUUGGUGGUGGAAACAACCCGUAUCCUAGAAGGUGUCGAUCUGGACGACCUCCUACAACCACUGAUGUGUCCGCAGAGUCUCCAUCAAGUCCUUCACUACCAGCAUACGUUCCCAGAGACGAAGAAUACGGGGAGCAAAAAAAAGAAUUUAUGUCUCAUGGAAGGAAAAAUGCAAUACUCCGCAAUAUAGUCCCACUUCUAAUAGCCAAAAUAUUUGGUGAGAAGAACUUUUAUGUAGCUGUUGAUGCUGACAAUCAACAUAAAAACAAGAGUAAAAUGACCAUUAUGUCACUGGACAAGCUAUUGAACAAGAACCCAAUACUAAAGAUUCUCAGCAAUGUUCAAGAGGUGAUAGAGAGAACGUUCAAUUUGGAUCCUCCAAAAUAUAUUUCGAAGGAUGCAAUAUGGGGAUUGCCGGAUGAUGAAUUUGGUCGUCGAGUUCUUGCCGGUGUGAACCCUGUAAGUAUAGAGAAGCUGAAGGUCUUUCCUCCUGUAAGCAAACUUGAUCCCUCCAUCUAUGGUCCGCAAGAGUCAGCAUUAAAGGAAGAACACAUAAUCAGCCUUCUCGAAGGAAUGUCUGUGCAACAGGCAAUGGAUGAAGAUAAGCUGUUCAUAUUGGACUACCACGAUAUCUACCUUCCCUACGUUGAUCGCAUAAAUUCAAUUGAAGGGCGUAAAACAUACGCGACAAGAACUAUCUUCUUCUUAACUCCUUAUGGAACUUUGAAACCAAUUGCAAUUGAACUGAGCCUCCCGUUAGCAGAGCAGAAAGCCUCAUCAAAGCUGGUUCUUACUCCUCCUACUAAUGGAACCGCCUACUGGCUUUGGCAACUGGCCAAAGAACAUGUCUGCUCAAAUGAUGCUGCCAUUCAGACACUUAUCAAUCACUGGCUGCGGAUACAUGCAUGUAUGGAGCCGUUCUUUGUAGCAGCUCACAGGAGCCUAAGUGUGAUGCACCCCAUCUUCAAGCUUCUUGAUCCUCAUAUGCGUUAUAUAAUGAAGACGAACUCAUUUAGUCGAGACGUUCUUAUCAAUGCUGGAGGAGUGAUUGAGACAUUUAACGCUCCAGCCAAAUACUGCAUGGAAUUUAGCUGUUCUGCCUACCAAGACUGGUGGAGAUUCGACCUUGAAGGCCUUCCCGCAGAUCUAAUAAGACGAGGAAUGGCGGUGCCCGACUCCACAUAUCCCUUCGGGUUAAGACUAACCAUUGAUGACUACCCAUACGCCCAAGACGGCCUCCUAAUCUGGUCCGCAAUUGAAAAUCUGGUGACGAAGUAUGUGAAUCACUACUAUCCAGAGGCAAUUAUUGUCCAAGAUGACACAGAACUACAGGCUUGGUAUAAUGAGUCGGUUAAUAAAGGCCAUGCUGAUCUUCGCAAUGCAGCAUGGUGGCCUAAGCUCUCUACACCAAAAGAUCUCAUCAACAUUCUAACAACCAUUAUAUGGACAGUAACAGGGCAACACGCUGUAAUGAACUUUGGUCAGCAUCCAUACGGUGGCUACAUCCCAGCCCGGCCUCCAUUCAUGAGACGGCUGCUGCCCUCAGAGAACGACCCUGACUAUGAACAUUUUCUUGCAAACCCUCAAGAGUAUUUCGUCUCAUCUCUGCCAAGUUUUACACAAGCUGCACAGUUUGCUGCUGUCCUUCACACUGGCUCAGGGCAUUCCCCUGAUGAAGAGUACAUUGGAGAGAGGAAUGACUUGUCGAGUUGGGCCAGUGAACCGGAAAUCUUGGAGGCAUUCUAUGAGUUUUUGUUGGACACAAAGGCAAUUGUGCAGGAGAUUUCGAGGAGGAAUUCCGAUCCAAGACUCAGGAACCGUUGUGGUGAGGGAACAUUCCCGUUUGAACUGCUGAUUCCAAGCUCAGGAUCAGGGACUACUAGUAGAGGGGUGCCUAACAGUGUAACAGCAUGAGAAAAGGAUUUCUCUGAUUAUUACAUACCAGAACUAAAUUUGGAAGACGUAAACAGUCAGACCAUCCAGAUCAUGUUACAUAUCAACAAGGCGCAACCUCACCUAGAAUAAGGUUAGAUGAAUGAAGUAAAAUUAUGUUAAGGUUUCAUUACUUUGUUUUAAGGAUCUUGCUGUUGGUGCAUUGUAAGAUAAAGCAACAUAAGCAGCCAACUGAUGUUUCUCAUUCCAUGAUAAUAAAAACUACUUCAUUUGUUUCCCUUUUUGAUUUCUUUUUAAAGUUUUUUCAUCUGGGAAGAACAGUAUUUUCAUAUGUACAUU